CAGCACGGGGGGCACCGGCACCCUCCUGCCAAAGCAGCCCCGCGGCGGGAGGCGGGCGGCGGCGCGGCGCUGCCAUUGGCGCGGCGCGGGCCGUCCCUCCCCGCCGGGAGGAGGAGGAGGAGGAGGGAGGCUGGAGGCGGGCCCGCGCGGGGCGGUCGCUCCAGUCGGUGCGCGCCGGGCGGCCGGGUCGCUGCUGUUGCAGUAGCCGCGGAGGGCAGGGAUCCGGGAGCCGGGCAGGGGCAGGGUUUAGGGCGGCGGGGCCGGGAGGUCAGGCCGGAGGUCUAGGGCGGCGGGGCCAGGAGAAUUGGCGGUCGCGCCGUCGGAGCCGCGCCGAUCCGCGCCCGGAGCCUGCAUGGGGCGGCGGCGCUGAGCCCAAGCCGCCCCGCUCCCGCCGCGCUCCCGCCCCGGCCCCGCCAUGGCCGAAGCACCGCAGCUGGUGGACAUCGACCCCGACUUCGAGCCGCUGCCGCGGCCUCGCUCCUGCACCUGGCCUCUGCCGCGGCCGGAGUUCAACCCUCCCAGCUCGGCCACUUCCAGCCCGGCGCCGUCGUGCGGCGGGCAGCCCGAUGGGGCGGCUGGAGCCGCGGCCGGGGCCGGGGCCGCCGCCUCGGGAGCGCUGAGCGCCGACUUCAUCAGCAACCUCAGCUUGCUAGAGGAGAGCGAGGACUUCGCGCCGCUGCCCCCCGCCGCCGCCCCUCCGGAGGCUGCCGCCUGCCGCUGCGGGGACUUCCCGGCGCCCGAGGCCGGCUGCCGCCUCCACCCGCCGGGACCGCCGCCGGUGCCACCGGUGCCGCCGCCCGUGGCCGGUCUGUCACCGGGCCCCGUGCCCGGGCAGCCCCGCAAGAGCAGCUCUUCGCGGCGCAACGCGUGGGGCAACCUGUCCUACGCAGACCUCAUCACCAAGGCCAUCGAGAGCUCCCCCGAGAAGCGGCUCACCCUCUCCCAGAUCUACGAGUGGAUGGUCAAGAGCGUCCCCUACUUCAAGGAUAAGGGCGACAGCAACAGCUCGGCCGGCUGGAAGAAUUCAAUCCGUCACAACCUGUCUCUGCACAGCAAGUUCAUCAGAGUGCAGAAUGAAGGAACAGGGAAGAGUUCCUGGUGGAUGCUCAAUCCUGAAGGAGGGAAGAGUGGCAAAUCUCCUAGGAGGCGAGCAGCGUCCAUGGAUAACAACAGCAAGUUUGCGAAAAGCAGAGGCAGAGCUGCCAAGAAAAAAGCAGCCCUUCAGUCUGGUCAAGAGGGAAAUGGUGAUAGUCCCGGAUCACAAUUCUCAAAGUGGCCUGCAAGUCCCAGCUCUCACAGUAACGAUGACUUUGAUAACUGGAGUACAUUUCGACCUAGAACGAGCUCUAAUGCUAGCACAAUUAGUGGAAGACUUUCUCCUAUUUUGCCAGAGCAAGAUGACCUUGGAGAUGGGGAUGUGCACUCCAUGGUAUACCCAUCAUCAACCACCAAAAUGACUUCUACUCUACCAAGCCUUUCAGAGAUGAGUAAUUCUGAGAACAUGGAAAAUCUUUUGGAUAAUCUCAAUCUCUUAUCACCUAAUACAUCAAUGACUGUGUCAACCCAGUCUUCAUCUGCCACCCUGAUGCAGCAAACACCAGGUUACUCAUUUGCAUCCUCGACCACAAGUAUAGGUUCACCAAAUCCUGACUACAGGAAAUUCACUUAUGCUCAAGCUAGCAUGAGCUCCUUGUCCCAGAUUCCUAUGCAGACUCUCCAAGACAGUAAAUCAAGCUAUGGAUCGAUGAGCCAAUACAGCUGUCCCGCGGGACUUCUGAAGGAGUUACUGACUUCCGACUCUCCGCCGCACAAUGAUAUCUUGGCAUCGGUGGACACCGGUGUUUCCCAGGCUGGUGGCCGGGCGCUGGGCCAAAAUGUGCUGAUGGUCGCCAACUCGGUGGUGCCCAACUACGGCAGCCAGCCGCCCCACAACAAAAUGAUGAACCCCAACGCCCGCCCUCACCAGGGACAUAACCAGCCAGCGCCUGCAGUCAAUGGCCGUGCCUUGUCACACACAGUGAACACCAUGUCACACACAUCAGGGCUAAAUCGCCUGUCAACAGUGAAGACUUCGUUACAAGUGCCUAUGAGUCACCCGAUGCAGAUGAAUGCCAUGAAUCCGUAUGCCCCUGUUAACAGUUGCAAUGGCUACGGGAGGGUGGGAAUUGUUUCCCUCCACCAGGAGAAGCUUCCCAGUGACUUAGAUGACAUGUUAAUUGAACGGUUGGACUGUGACAUGGAGUCGAUUAUCCGUAAUGACCUUAUGGAUGGAGAAACGUUAGAUUUUAACUUUGACAGUGUAUUGCCUAACCAAAGUUUUCAGCACAGCGUAAAGACAACCACACACAGUUGGGUGUCAGGCUAGGAUGUAGUAGGAGGCUAUGGUUAAAUUCUCCAGACUUGUCUGACAGCAGGAACUGAGAAAAGCAGUACAAAGAUGUCCUUCACCUUUCUUUUUAAUUUUCUUGACAAAGCUGUGCACAUGCACUAACUUUUUUUUGGGUUUUUUUUUUUUCUUUUGCCUUCCUUUCGUCAGAGUUGGCAGCAGAGAGAGUAUUUUCCUGUACAGGAUGUUUGCCCAAGGUUUGCAGGUUAUGUGCUGCUGUAGAUAAGAACUGUGCCAUUGGAAAUUUCGUUACUCUGAAGUGCCAAAUUCACUACACCAUAUAAUCACAGCAAAGACUCUUACUUACAUCAUGUUGUGCUUUCGGUUUUGUACAGUAUGAUCUGUAGAAGAAGAAUUGUUUUUUAAGACUGUUUCGGUCUAAGAAAAGUUUAUAAACUUUUGUAAGAAUACUGUGAUGAUCUCAUGCCCUAAGUAAGUUUAACCUUCUUUGAUGUUACCUGUGUUUUGAUGAAUUGAGAUAACUGUGGACUUGCCUUGCAGCAGUACGAACUGUGUUAUUUUACUCAAAAUUGCCACACAUUUCAUAUGGGAAUAGAAUAGCCUGUUAAAUAUGAUCCUACUAAACUCACUGACUAUUCAAAGCAACCAGUAGGUUAAAUGCCAUUUGAUAAUUUACCUGUAUUUGUGUAAAUUUAUGCAAGAAUAUAUCUGGAUUUCAUUGUCAGAUUAAUCACUUUAUUGUUGGGCUUAAGAUAAUUUUUGGAAUACUUUCCAAGUUAUUUUUCUUAUAAUUAAAAUCUACUUUUGUUACAUAGGCAACUUUGAAAAAAAAUAAAUCUGAGAUCUGGCAGCAUUCAUAACCUCUUCAUUUUGUACAGUAUUUUAACUGGAUUAAGUACACGUUUUUAUAAAUUUCCCUAGCACCUGGGAGUGCUAAUGAUGGAAAAGCUUAAUAAGGAUCUUGAAUACAAAACAUUUCUGUCCCUUUUUUGUUGUGUGAUGUAUAAAUAUAGAACACUUUAUGUUUAGAAAUAUUUAAUCAGUUUUAUAUAUGCAUUUUUAGAAAUGUCAUCUGCUUCUAUUACCAUUUUAACUACCACAAAGUGUUAAGUAUUCAUUGUUAAAAUGCUUGUACAAUGCUUCACAUUUAUAUUUAUUUCAUGGAGGUCUCAUAAUGUUUGUGCGCUCAAGAGCAGGACCUUUUGCAUAAAAUUUGUAAUUCUAGUAAAAUUCAGGACAAAAUCGUCACUUGUCUUAAUUAGCACUAGUUGUAGGGUUCAUCAGUGUUUCUGUUUUAAAGCAGUAGAUUUGAAGAGGCAAAAAUGCUACUUUUCAGUGGGAGGCUGAAACUUUGACCUUAUUGCAGGACAAAACAUUACUUUUUUCAAAAAGAAAGAUAAAGUAAGUGGCAAAGUUAUACAAAUGCAUGAGGUUUAGGAUAGGGGAGAGCAUUAAUAACAGAGAUCUUGUUUCUGUGGAAAAACCUGGUCUUGCUGGAGUAACCACACUCACUGACAGCUACCUGAGCAUUUUCAGGACUAGGUCUUAGAAUAAACGAUUUCUGAUUUUUUGUAAUUGCAUGAUGCAGUUUUCAUGGAUGUGUGAGUAAGAGGCCAUACCUGUCUUUUCUCUGGUUGCUACACAACAUUUAUGUUACAGAAAUCCUUCGAGCAGUUUUUUAUGCACUGACAGAAUUAACAGGUUGUUUUUUUGGUUUUUUUUUUUUUUUUUUUGCAAGGGCUGGCUGUUACGAAGAAAGGGAGAAACAAAUAUUUUUACACUGAUUUUUCUUUGUGUAUACAGCUCACAACCAGAAAAUGUCCUAACUGAAACUCAUCUUCCCUGUAGUGAUGGUGCAUGGUGGAGAAGGAAACAGGACAUGCCAAGUAAUGAAGUUUAGUAACAAGCCAUAUAUUUAGUGAUCCUGUUAUGACUUUCCUAAGGCUCUGCAAUGUAUUUAUUGAUGUGCUAGCAUUUAGCUCCCUGUUGGGCUUAAAUCACUACUAAUUACAGCUGGUCCUACUUUUUUAGAUAUGCUAUUAUGGUUGUCAGGCAGUUCCAGAGGCUGAUGUGAUACAGGAUCUUCCCCAGCGUGAAAUUGGUCUUUGAACUUGUUUUGAGCAAAAUCAAAUGUUCUUAGAGCCAAAUUCUGUCUGCUGCAUUUGCAAAAAUGUUUGCUCCCAAAUUGGCACUGAUACAUACAUGUAGGCCAAAGUUGUCAUAAAAUCCACCUCUGCACGUAAAGAAAGCAGUAAUCAAUGCUAUGCUCCAUGGGGAUGCAGCUGAACAUGCUACAUUUAACAAUAUACCUCCUGUUUAUUAUUUACUGCUACUGUAUAACUUCCUGUAAACAGCUGUUUUAUUCCUUUCCUUUUAUACCUAUGAAUAACAUAAAUGUAGCCUUACCUUAAUUACAACAGUCUCUAGAAAGCCCUUUUAAUUAUUGUGGGGAAACGGUUGUAGGUAAUCAGAGAUUUGGGCUGCAUGGUCUAUUUGGCUUUUUUUGGGGUUUGGUUUUUUUUAAUGUUGAGGGUGGUUUUUUGUUCAUUUGUUUGGGGUUUUUUGGUUCUGUUCUUGGGUUGUUUUUUUUUUUUGCGGUGCCAUUCUAAUGUUUUGCAAUUGUAAUUCUGGAAUACUGUGAAGUUGGUGAAGGAGCAUGUUGUCUGCCUUGAAAACAAACAUUAUGUGACCUCUAGUUAUAAAUCCUUUUUCAGUAAAAGUACCAAGUUUCUGGAGUAACUUAGUUUGUCAGAAUUGUUGUAAAUGAUUGGUUUGUGAAUUGUGCAGAUGAUCUUACCUAUGCAGCCUUGUUUUUGACUUUUCUCUGGUUUGUACUGUUAUUAAAAGUUUAUUGUAUUAUAGAGCUGUUGAGAUAUUUUAAAUAUAAAGAUGUAUUGUUUCCAUAAUAUAGCUAUAUGAUAUAUGUUUAGGUAGUAGAUGCAUUAAUUGGAAAGCUCUGCUUUGAUAAACUGACAGUUUGCCUACACUUAUAAGCAAAAAUCAUAUUGCUUAUUAUUGGCUUAAGUCAACAGAGCAUCCCUGAAAAGUUAAAAUUGGACCAAUUAUAAAACAGUAUAAAAUUUGCACUUGUUAAACCACUGGAUGUAUGUUAGUACUUUUUUAUUUUUUUACUGAUUUGAAAUUCCUAUUUUCAUUAUGAAAUUGCUAGGAUUCUUAAUUUAUGACUGAUUUUAAAUAAGGUAUUCUCAUUAUUAUUAUUAUUAUUAUUAUUAUUUUGGUAAUCGUAAUAUAAGAUGCAGCAUGGUUUAUGCAAGCAAAAAGCAAAUUUACUCAACAUGAAAACUGGCCUCUUUUUUGAAGGUGUUCCACAAACCAGCAAUAUCUGAGAGAUUGGCAUGUGCAUACUGCUAGUUCUAUUUGCGAGUGGUGUGACAGCUCUUCAAUGCUUCACUGCUCUUAGUCACAUUGCAAAAUUAAAAUUCAUACGUGGAUAUUUUCAGAAAAAGUGCCUGAUGUACUUCUACAGACACAUGAGAACAAUCCCUGACAGUUUGUUGUAUAAAGCCAUAAAUGUAUAUAAAUUAUGUUAAAAAGA